AUGAAUGUGCAGCAACUGUCUCCUUCUCAGCAGGUAUUCGAUGCAUCCUUCUGGAACAACUCUGCGCCUGCGACACAAUACUACGGACAUGCACAAGUCGUUCCUCAGAGUCCUUCCUUCAACAAUACCUCUUACAUGCCCAACCAUCAGAACAUGCAAUCCUUUCCUCCUACUUCCCUUGGUAACCCCAGCUACCAGACUACCUUCGAUCCCGCGGCACAGAUGCUGCAAAACUGGAGAAUGGUACAAUCUGGACACAACCCAUACUCCCAGCAGCACUACUCUAUGCCGCAGACUCCUUUCCAACAGACCACUUUUGAGCAGCCCGCCGUCCAGCAAGCUCAUGCACAGCCUCAGACUGUUGUCAAGCAAGACCUCGAGGCCGCUGGUGCAUAUUCCAGCAACUACGUCGACUUCGAUAUGGAAGAUGACCCGAGCGCUCAAUUGAUGGCCGAAUUGGCAUCAGAUAUCCCUGAAGCUGCCCGCUCUCCCACUCUCCCCGAAGCAAGCGACAUCAAGUAUCAAAAUGAAAAUCAAGGCUGGGGUAACUCUGUGGUCAACCACACCGAUCUUGGCCUUCAUAACUCUAUGUUCUCGAACGCUCAAGCCCUUCAGAAUGCUGGCUUAGAAAGCUUUCAGCGUUUUGAGUCACAGAACCCAGUCACUGAAGCCGAGAAGACCCAAGAGGACCAACUCACACAGCAAAUUGAGCAAGUUGUUGCGGGAUUGAUUGAUGAGGGUAUGCAAGAUGUCGUCUCUGAGGAACAGACUACCAUCAGACAGGCACCUGAUUACACCAGCACAACUGCCUCCACCCCUGAUCAUGGUACCAUCGCCGACGCACAGAAAGAUGUCAUGCAGGACAAUCUUGCACAAGAGCAUACUGCUGUUGGCCAUGAAGAUCAAGAUGAGCUUUCCGAGCAUGACACAGAAGAAGGCGAUAUGGACGAAGAAGAAUCCAUCGCAGACGAGAACGCCGAGGACGAAAAAGAAGUCAACGCAGACGAGACUGUCGAAGACGAGGACGCAGACGUCGAUGUCUCCGAUGCUGAGCCAUCCUCUGAUCUGGAGGCGCACGAUUCUGGUGCUGAAGUCUCUCAACAGGUCGAGUUCGAGGGCUACACGCUUACCGAAAGCACCCAGAAGACAAUCAAGAAGACGAUCGCCAAGAAGGAGGACAAGGAGCUCCAUCACAGGGCCUUCAAGUUGCAGCCUCAUCACAUUCCCGAGCAUCGCUACUGGGUCGCCAUACUCAUGCACACUAUGCAGCCCUCCAAGGCCAAGGUCGAGAAGGACUUUGUUUGGCUCAAAGGUCACAAGACCAACACCGUCGAGACUAUGUGGAACAAAUACCGCGAGGUGACCACUGAGGAGCAGCACCAGAUCCUCUUCUGCGGCAGAGUCCCACAAUUCACCGACACUCUUGAAGAGCUGGACAGAUUCGGCGAUAAGUUGAUUGUCUUCCGCGCUGCUAAGCAGGAGGUCAUUGUCAUCGACUGA